GUCGCUCGCUCGCUUCCAGUCGCUCAGUGGUCGCAGAGACCUGAGUGAGUGAGGAUUUCUGCUUACUUAAAUGAAAAAUAAAAACCAAAAGGGGAAUGUGACGGCUUAAUGAAAAGUAAACCAGAAAAUUCAGGUGGCUUUUCAAAGGCCUUCUGGAAAUCAGAUAAACUCUUAUUAUUUAUUUCCUUUCCAUUUUUUUAGGCUCGAGGGAAAUUGAGCCGAAAAUAAGGACAGAAUUAUUUAGCUGAGUGAUUAAGUCAUUUUCCAAACUUUCCGAUCAAACUAUUUGAAAAUGAGGUCAUUUUCAUGGUGUUUUAAUUUGCGAUUCCUGUGAAGUGGAGCGGAGACAGUGACUGAUAAUGACUUGAUGAAAGUUGGCGAUAUGGUCAGGACCUACAUCUCGUCACAAGAACUUUAUUUUGUUUGUUCGAUUUUGAAAGAAGAAUAAUCUUACGGAGAGAGUGGUGAAAGGAAUAAACAGAGGACUUAUUCACUGAGAUUUAUUUAGGUUGUUGCCCAACAUUAAUGCAUGCUCCAGCGGACUUAGAAUUCUUGUCUGUUCUUUGCAUAUAAAUUAGUUUGCAGUGCAUAUAGAAGUAAAAAUAAGAGAGAAAAGAGGUUGUGUGCUUCAUCAUCGGCUUAUCUGAAGCACGUUCCCAACGCUUCAUUUUCCUCAGCAGAAUUAUCUUCUCGUUUUCAUGGGCGGCAGAGUAUAGGUCCCAGAGAUGUUCCUAUAGCUAUGGACGCCACACGAGAGUUCUCAUGGGGCGGGGGCACAGUGUCCAGCGUCGAGGGUGGCGAUCAUCCGGCGCGGGCAGUGAUGGUCGUGGGCGGAGGCAGCGUUGCUAUGGGCGGAGGUGAUGGCAGCGUCAGAGGUCGCCACGGCCACCGGGGCGUUUAUAGAGCUCUGUCCGGUGUGUCCUUCCAGCAUCUGGAUCUUUACGUGCGACAGUCAUCUUCCUGUCACGAACCCGUCAUGCCCGCGGAAGAGGACGAAGGACUGGAUUCCCUCGAGAGCCACGCCCACACGCUCACCCCCUCGCCAGAUCUGGCUCAGGGAGGGGUUGUCAGUCACCACCCAGAGCAUCCGGGUCACGCCGAAGGGGGUUAUUUCAGUCUAGAACGCUGCUUGAGUGACGAGGAUGCCGCAAACCUUCACGACUCCCUGGAAAACCUGAGAAUGCAACAUGGUGCCGUAAGAGCACACGCUCAUCACGCCCCUGCUGCCGCCCAUCAUGCCCACCCAUAUCCGCCUUCUUAUCCCUACCCAAAUUACCAACAGCCUCACAAGGCCCCCCAACAGUCGUAUGGACCCCUUCCGACCUACGUCAAUCCUGGAUUCCAGCAUCAUCCGUCGUAUGUCAAUCCUCAGCAUUGCCACGAUUAUUCGUCUGCCAGUGAAAGUCAUUACGCCUCUCCCUCCAUGGCGAGAAAUUACUCCCAUAAUGGCAGUGCCCAUUUUUCCCCCAACCCUGGUUAUGCCAGUCCUGUUUUUCAGCACCACCAUCAACAUCACCAUCAACACCAACUUCACCAUCCUCACUCCAGGGAGAACUUCCACGUUGUGGAUGACGGCGUAGGUUGCCCCAUAUACGAUCACCCGGAGGGUUAUCAGUCCCACGGUGCAUAUCCCUGUACCGAAGGAUAUCAUUCAAAGGGCAGUUAUUUGUACUCCAGUUAUCCGUCAAGGGUGGCACAUCAUCAGCCUGCCCCUCCGACCUCUGCCUCUCAGGAGGCCGCCGCAGGUAACCACGAUAAUGAUGCUGUGAGGAAAGCUAGCGUCCUGAGUGCUGAUUCCUUGGAGGAUUUACCUGUAAGUCCCGUGUCACCUAUUUCUCCCAUACCCACUUCAGGAGGGCGUAAGAGUUGCUGUUACAAUGACUCCCUGGAGGACGUCCGACCGCGUCUUGUCAGCGAAUUGAGGGAUUUCUUUGAACGUCAGAAGUCGACGACCAGCACAAGCAGCCCAGAUUCCGACAGCACCCAGGAACAGAAAACGGGGGACGAGGACCCCUGCGAUUCGGAGGAUAGCCAAAUGAGAGAUAAUAUUUCGACGGAAGUGCAGAUCGACCUGAAUUCUUCAGCAAGCAGUAAUAAGACAGAGGAAAGAAGUUCUAUAGAAGAAGAGGAGGAGGAAGUGACACCGGAGGCCACGACAAUGGAGUCGUCGUCAGAGGACCCGACGAAAGAUCUGUACGAAACAGAAGAAGAAGAAAGGGGAGUGAGGGUAACAGCUGAUAAGAAUAAUGAGAAAAAGAAACCAGGGGAGAAUUCGACCUGCCAGACCUUUAAAACCACGCGCCUAGGGGACGUUUCAUUCCUGCGAGCUACGCAAGACACACCCCAAACACUUCUGGCUUCCACAAGACUUGUCCAGGCUACUCUGAAACCGCCCGCCAAGAACACCACCUUCUUCAUUAGUUUAGAGAGCAAAUUUAAGGUGCCGGACUUCGAAGGUUCGUCAAAUAAUCCUACAGAUGAAAAAGGGAAGCCGGACGACUGUGACGAAGACUCUUCAUGUUCGACGAAUGACAGCAAAGAAGUUCACGUGUCCUCCUUAGGGGCUACAGACGAAGAAAUGGCUCACAUGACAGACUCUCAGGACACUUGUGCCCCUGCAGAGUAUCAGGAGUCUCAGUUGAUUCUGAGGCAUUUCGUAGCCAACUGGGAGAGUGAAUCUCCUCCUAACGAUGACUCCGAUAUAGACGAGUUCUUUCUCGUUUUAGACUCUACAGGUGGGAGGGCAAGUUUUACCUUCCCCUCAGGUAGUUCCUCUAUGAUAUCGUCCGUAGGAAGCUCGAUAUCCGAGCAGAAAAGCGACGGCAAUGCCUACCAGGAGCAGGACUCUUAUGAUGAUGGCAAUUUGGCUGACGUAGGAGAACCCGACACCACCUCCAGUUCGGGUUUAGAUCCUGUGGCGGAAACGACGAGUGAAGAGGAGACCGAAGGCGACACUGCAGCGGCUACGCCGGAUAUGCCCGAGGCUUCCGAGGAGAAGGAUGGGUUCCUAGAAGCUGCUCCCCACAAAGUCAUUGUGAAGCCUUUUUUAGGAUUAGGUAAGGGCAGUUCUCGAUCGUCUCAAGCGGGUUCUGCCCUGGGUACCAGUCAAACACAAUCGUCUGUCUCAGGUCAUCUCCGUCCCCUUCAAGAGGUAGAAGAGGAAGAAGAAGAAGUGAGGGGGUCAGGAGAGACCGAGGAGAUCAGGCAAACAUUUGAGACCGUCGUCGAUAUUGUAUUAACUAACAGUGACGAUGACGAAGAGGGUCGCAGUCGAGAACAUCCCGAGAGCGACUCUGCCGACACCUUACUAACCCCGCAAUUCACUAACCCGCCCUCCGUAAGUAAUCUUAGUUGUGCUUCAGUUUCCAAUCCGUCCAUUGAUUAUGCAACUUCUUGCGACGCCGUCAAAUAUGCAAAUGAUGUGAUUGUCGGGAGAGAUAGUGCAAUGAAUAGCAAUGCUACUGCUGAUUCUGCCGCCGCCCCAACUAGUGUUGUUAUAACUGUUUCUGCUUCUAAUGAUGAUACGCUUUCGAAAACAGUAGAUGCCACUGGCAAUAUUCGCUCCCUUAAUGACCUUAGUGAAAAAAGAGAGUUUGAGGGUGCUGAGUUUCAGGUCGGUUCCCCUGUCGUGAAUGGAAAAAGCUUGUCGGGAAUGGCUCCGAAUUUAUUUAUGGAAAAGAAAGCAGAUUGUCAAAGUAAGGCGCGAGCAAAAGAUUAUGAAAGUAGAGAAAAGACUGAUUCCUGUCAAGUAGAUCUAAAAAGUGAAGAAAAGACGAAGGGAAAUAGUGUAAUAGAAACGGAAGAUAAAAGAAAAGAAGAAAUAACGGAGUUCAGUCAAUCAAAGCCAGCAAAAGAAGAAAGGGGAGGCGAAGAAAAAGAAGAGGAAAGAGAAGAGUUGACUGCAUCUAAUCGUUCAAACGGUUUGUUUCGGCCACCGGCCAUCGAUGACGUAAAAGCAGUUGAUGGGCGUAAAAAUGAGGUCGUAAGUGGGCGGUGGUGCGACUGGCAAGGCGGCAGCGGUAGAGUAAGUGAAGCAAGUUUCGUAGAGGAGAAAGAAGAAGAAGAAGAAGAAGAAAGAGGAGGAGGAAAUGGAGGUGGAGCAUUAAGGAGAGAGGGAGUAAACAUUCCCCACGUGGUUACUCGACCCCACUCAGCUCCUCCCUCUCCCCCACGGACCCCUCAUCCUCCCGCCCCCUCGCUCGCUGGCUCUCAGGCACUGGCCAGUUUCAACACUUUCGAUUUCACCGCCGAAGUCCAGCCUACCCCUGACCUUGAUGCCCUGGCUACUAUGAUCGCAGAACGAAUCAUCAGUGGCACCAGUGCCCAUUUGCCAUCGACGAGUGCCAGUGAGCAGCACUGGAGCCUGCCUGUAACGAGCCGAGAGACUGUCACGGCGUCGGCGACCACUUCCAUUCGCCCUUUAGCUAUCACCAGUAACGAUAUUGCACGCAGCUGCCACGGGCUUCUGGUGAGUGGGUCAGUUACUGCCGGCACUGGUUGUGAGUCGGCCACAGCAAUUUCUCAUUCCCUCACUGACAGUUCGAGUUCCGCACAUGUAGCGUUCACACCUGUGCAUCCCGACGAACCAGAUGUCGAAGCCGAGAGUGAAAGUGUUGGCACUCCUUCGGGUCCAGUGCCCAGUGUGAGCAGUGAUGUGAGUGACGAACACUUAUCAGCAGUGACAUCCAGUAGCAAUUCCCUCCUCGGAAACGUUAGUGAUAAAAGUGACCAGAAAUUGGGUGAUGAAGGUAGUGAUGUUGUUGCUGUACAAAAAACAGACUUAGUGACCGGUUGUGAUGUUGAUAAUGAAUCAUUGAAAGAUAGCCGUAAACCGAUAGCAAUAAUUGAUAUGAUAGAUGAUUCGAGUGAUGGUGAUCAUAUUCAUGAGGAGGCUCAUACAUUUAAAGAAACCGUUCAAGAAACAGUCGACGAUUUGCGCAUAUUCAAAUUCAGUCAUCAGACACCCAAGAUUCCAGGGAAUAAGAAUAGUGACGAAUUUCUCGCGCAUGGUGAUGCUGAGUGCCCAGGUGACGAGAUGAAUAGAAAAGUCGGAAUUUUGAAGCCCUUUUACGAUUCUUUGAGCAACGACAGUUGCCCAAAUUCUCCCCAGUAUGAAGCGCCCAAACCUGUUUUCCCUCGGAAGGACUCCCAGGGAUCGACGUGUGAAUCUCCUGACAGCAGGAAGACGUCCUUCAGUUCGGCCAUUACCACACCUGAAGAUGACCUCACAGAUUUGUCACCCGAUGCUUUCGGCGGGAGGAGGCUUUCGACCUCGUCAGGGAUAUCCUCUCUGUCCGACAUGAGCUCGAGGAAGAUAUCCCUAUCUUCCUCCGUCUCGGACGACUGGGAGUGGUUUCCAGGAAGGAAGAGGAGUCUCAAGGGCUUACCGCCAUGGGACAUUGCUAAAUUAGACCCCUCGUGUGACAGUGGAGAUAAGAAGGUGUCCAUCGUCAGCACAACAUCCAGUUCGGGCGUAAGUUCAAUGACCGGAUCCCUCAAUGAAUCGAAUGAGAGCGAAAGCCGCAAAGUGUCACUCAGUUCUGGUAUCUCUUGUUUGUCCAAAAUUAAGGAAGAGACCAAAAUCAUUUUUGAUGAGGAAUCUUGCAAGUUAGAAUCAUUUGAGCAGGAAAAUAGACAGGGGUUGACGGAUGGAAAAUCCUCUCCCAAGGGCAUCAUCACCUUGGAUGGAAAGAGACUGACACUGCCGCCCCCCGUGUGGCCAAAAGAAGGUAAACAAAACAGCCAUGAUGUCAUUACUUCUCAUUUGCCAGAGACCCCAGGUAUUGAUUGCGAUGAGAUGGUCUUGCCCGACGUACCUGAAUUUUUGGUCAAACGGGCAGAGAUUAUGAGGAAUGCGCAAGCCGGUUCCCGCGCUGAAUUGAAAUUAGAUCUCCCACUCAUUUGUCCAUCCUCCUGUCCUCUCAAAAGAAAAGGUUUAAAGGACGACCGUGCCCAUACCCACUCUCACUGUAACGUUAAUGACGAAGAUGAUACCAAAAAAGACAGAAGAAAGUCCCUGCAUUUUGUCCCGAGAGUAAAGAAAACAGACAACUCGUCCGCUUCGUACAGAUUUAGAAGGCUGACUCUCCAUACGUUCGAGGAUAUUGCACAGCAAUGGAAGAAGAUGCAGGAGCAAGAUAGAGAGAUAUCGGAGAAAACCGAACAUCCGAGUAGCAUCGUGAAAGAUGGAAGCCGGAUCAACGAUGAUGCCAGUGCAAGAAAUGGCAAUCCCACAAAUACGGACAGAGAAAUUGAAUUUCGACGUAACUUGGUGCGUGACUUAGAGAAGCUGGAAGCUGAAAUCGAUGCUGAAGUUCAGGCCUUAGAAGUCGAUGGGAUUCAUAAGAGCAAGAACGAUGACGAUCGUACCAACAACGAGGACGAUUCGGACUCUCUCAUCGUCAUCUUCGAUAGUACUGAAUCGGUUGCAUCGGCCGGCAGCUUCUCAAGAGAAGAAUCGGGGGGAUUUUCCCCCUUAGAUCAAGCCGAUGACACAACGAUGGAAUCAGACACCGAUGUGGAAGGGGACGACAAGGCCAUAGAGUCUGAGUUCCCUCAUUUCGAUGCCCUCCGAAAUGCAAGUGACCAGGAAGGCGUCGGCGAUGAAAAAGUCAGCGACAAUCACGGCAGUAACAGCAAGCGAUCAUCAAGAGAAUUAAAAGAAUCCGGUAAAUUCACGCCCGUGUCCGAUUCCAAAUCGCUCCCUAAUCUCUUGGAAGUCGGGGAGGCCAACAUAUUAGAUGACGUGACACCUGUAGAUAAGGAUACGAAAAGCUCCCGAAGGGAAAGUUUAAAGUCAUCCAAAAGUAUGGAUACUUUGGUGAGCGUGGACGAAAUAGUCCCUUGUAGCAACUACGAAUUCAGUGAAGUGACAUUUCCGACUAUGGUCGGAUACGACGAACUAGAAGAGCAAGAAGUGAUUGAGAACUUCUCCGACGAAGAUCUCAUUUCGGAUGCAGAGUUCGAAAUGUUUUCGGAGACCGAGCACGACACAGACAUGGACAAUUUAAAUCUAGAAAUGUUCGAACCGAACGUCUCGGGAAAUAACGACAAAGUGGAUGGCAAGAUGCUCUCCAAGAGACAGAGAAAAUUAAGAAAACUCAAGAGAAAGUUCAGUUUCAACGAAAAGCCUCCUUCGAAGGACAUCAAGGAAACGAUCAGUUCUUCCCUAAGAAGGAUUAAGGAUGCCAAAUUCAAGUUUGAGAGGUUAGUUCAAAAGACGCUCAAACCUGAUAGUGUCACGCCCUCCUUGUCAUCUGGGGAAUCUUUGGAAGGAUCAAAUGCAUCUCAGGUGUCGGCGUCCUCGACAGGACGUCACUCCUCGUUGCCGAGGGACAUGACCAUGUCAAACCAAAUUCCUCUAGAUCGCACCGACUCCCAUUCGUCCAACAGGACCUCGAUAUCGGGAAGCUUUCCCUCUGGAUCCCAAGAUCGAUCUGAUUCCAGGACGUCUGACCUCGUGGCACCGUCCUUAUCCUCGGGAGGCGUGUCCCGUAGCACGUCCAAGGCUUCUGAUGACCCCCCGUCCUCGGAGUCGUGGGAAAUGAGACACCAAGAAGGACAAGAAUCUGCGUAUUCUUGGUCGGACGCCGAUAGUGACUUCGAAUUCGUGGCCGUCGAGCCACCGCGAACUGUGGUGGUGUAUCAGGAGAAUGGAGAAAAGGCGGAAAAGGAUGAUAAUAACCAAAAAGGAUUGAGUGUUUGUGGGAGUGGCAAUGAAAAUCAUCGAGUCGAGGCGUCAGGAUAUUCUCGCCCGCCCCCUCCUCUCAGCAAGUGGAGUCCCAGCAUCCAGAGGCGCUGGUCACACAGAUGGGAAAAACAAGAAGUUUCCAGGUCACCACGGCUGGAAGAUCGGGAGAUCCGGCUGUGCCACCGUGCCAGCAAUUCUGUCCGUUCGGACAAGGUGCCCCUCGCCACCUGGGAGCCCUUCUUCUGCGUCCUUCUUCAAGAUGAGACGACCUUCACCGCCUAUCGAUCCGAGGAGAUGGCCGUCAUCCCGGGAACACCGAAUCGUCCACGUGCUCACAAAUUGAUUGGAGACUCGCUCUUCUAUGACCUUCCUCGCAUGCGACUGGAUGGAGGCGCCCGGGCGUUUAGGCGGCGAUGGGGCUACGAGCUCACGCCCCCGCCCACGUUGGUCGAGGAGGACGAAGACGACCCGUAUGCCAUUCCCCACGAAGAGGAUCACGAGGACAACCUGAGCUACACCGAGACCAGGUCGUUGAGGGACGAUUACCUCUUCCACAAUUCUCAAGACACUUCUUACGAGAAGGCAUGUGGGUCGGACAGGCGUGGGUCCGCCCCCGCUACGCCCAUUCUGGGCGCGCGUCCCACCGAUUCAACGCCCAACAGACUAGUGAAUUUCUUCAGCAAGCGUUCGUUCAAGAGCAACCCGCUGAAGAGGACGAAGUCUGUCACCAAGUUGGAACGCACAAGACGCGGCGGAAAGGGCGGCGUUGGGGGCCUCUUAGAGAGCGACCCUCUGAGUUUGGGAUCCGCCACCGCCCGCCUCCGGUCCUCUCGAUCGCACGAGAGCCUUUUGUCUAGUCACAACAUGAUGAAUACACUCGAUCUGGCUGCUGGCGAGGUCACAAUCAAACCUCUUCAUGCCAGUAUUCUUGGUCAGGAACAUUGUUUCCAGGUAACUUCCCCCACCGGUACACGGUAUUUCAGCUGUCGAACAGCUGACGAGAGAGAUCGCUGGGUGGACUCUCUUCGGAAAGCCGUCAAUCCCAACUACGACAACAUGAGGAGAACGGAAAAUUCUCUCAAGAUUUUCAUUUUAGAAGCCAAAGGAGUCGCUAAUAAGAAAAAGUAUUUUUGUGAACUACUGCUUGACAACUCCUUGUAUGCCCGCACUUCUAGUAAACAAAAAUGUGAGAUGUGUUUUUGGGGAGAGCAGUUUGAGUUCCACAACUUGCCUUCUGUUGAGAAUAUCACAGUUGCCCUUUACAGAGAAGGUGAAAAGAAAAGAAAGAAGGAAAAGAGCUUCCUUGUGGGUCAAGUCAAUAUCCCUGUAUCGAAUGUAACGAGUCGAUCCCACAUAGAGAAAUGGUACCAGGUCCAGCAGGACAGAUCUAAUACCAAAGAGCAGGCAGCUCUGAGGAUCAAGUGCAAGUUCCAGAGUAUUGACAUUCUUCCCAUGGAAUUGUAUUGUGAUUUCUUACAGUAUAUGAAGAAUAACUAUGCUGUCAUCUGCGAAGUUCUGGAACCUGUCAUUAGUGUCAAGGCCAAAGAAGACAUUGCCACAGCACUGGUCCAUGUAAUGCAGAGAGAAGGCUUAGCGCGUAACUUCCUAGCAGACCUUGUCAUGAUGGAGAUUGAGAGAAUAGAUGACUCUCAUUUGUUGUUCCGUGGUAAUUCGUUGGCUACAAAGGCUAUGGAAGCUUUCAUGAAGUUAGUUGGUGAUAAAUAUUUGCUAGAUACUCUUAGACAAGUUGUCAACAAAGUAGUUGAGGCUGGCCUUGAUUGUGAAGUUGAUCCGAUGAAAGUGCCGCAGAUCUCAUCCCUCCAGAAACAGCAAGAAAACCUUUUGUCUAUAGUACGGAUGACGUGGUCAAGAGUCCUAAAUUCCCACCCAUACUUUCCUUUGGAACUUCGGGAAUGCUUCUGCUUGUACCGAGAACGUCUAGCUAGUAUUGGAAAGGCAUCAUUGAGUGACAAUUUAAUUUCUGCCUCAAUUUUCUUGAGAUUCUUGUGUCCUGCCAUCCUAUCCCCAUCUUUGUUCAACAUUACACAGGAGUACCCUGAUGAACGAGCAUCCAGGAACCUAACCCUAAUUGCCAAAACACUUCAAACACUUGCUAACUUUACAAAGUUCCAGGGCAAGGAAAACUUCAUGGAAUUCAUGAAUCAAUUCAUUGAAAUGGAACAAGCACAAAUGAAGACUUUCUUGAAGCAAAUUUCUAGUCCUGCAACCCACGACCACAGAGUCUUGGAAUAUGACAAAGAUAUUGAUGUUGGGAAAGAGCUUUCAUUGCUUCACACCUUCCUCUCAGAAGCUUUACGGAAGCUGUCUUCUUCUUCAACUAAAGUCAAUGUUAAUACUUCCCAGCAAAGGCAUUUAGAAAAGUUACGUAUUCUGCUUGAUGAGGUUAGUGUGGCACAAACACAGCCAAACAUUAACAUUGUGCAGCGGCUGUCGUCAUCUCAUACCCCAGUUGAAACUCCAACUUCAGCCGGCCCCCCCUUCAGCCCAGAUGCUGGUAUGGUUGAAGAGAGACUAGGCUAUCAGUCUUUACAAAGGAAUAUUUUCAGGUAUAAUGAUCCAACAGUAAGUGAUGACUAUCGUCCUUCUGCUCCAGCUCCAAGUCAAAAUCUUCAACAACCUCCAGAGACUCCCUCCACUCCCCGUCCUUCCACUUUACCCAGAAAUACUUAUCUCAUGGGUUCUGCCAGGAAACCUGCAGUAGAUCUAAAUACUGCUGAUGAUUAUGUCCUGUAUUCUGCCUUAGAGCCUGACUGCAAACCAAAAGAACUAAACCCUCUUGGCCACAGCUGUAGUUAUAGUCAUUUACCUGCAGAGGCUGCCCAAAAUCCAUCUUCACCUGUUCACAAUCAUGGUCAUGGUCAUCAUCAUCACUUCCAUAAUCAUGCCGGAUGGUACAAUAACAGACAAGUGUUCAAUGGUCAUCCACAAGUGAAUGGGCAUAGUCAGCCACACCAAAAUGGGCACAUGGUGUCCAAUGGGAACCCGGAGGAGUCACUAGACAUAAGUCAUGAAGAGAAUGACAGAAAUUCUACGGGAGAAACUGAAGCAAAUAUGAAGGGUUCACAAACCUCUAUAUCUCAGUUAUCAAAUGUUGCUUCAUCAGGAUAUCAAAGUUUUGCUUAUAGCCAGUCAUCAAGUCCAGUGGACCCAUCAAUAACUCAUCAUGAUGCUGCCAAUAAUAAUGCAGCUGUGAACAACAGUAACAGCAGCAAUAAUAGUGGGGGAAUGCAUAUUUCCCCUCAUUUGACACCACCUCAACACUCAGCACCUCUUGCCUUUAACAAUCCUAUGUACAAUUUAGAUGCCACAAGUUCCCCUCGGCCUGUACCUCACCGAGGUCCUCGUUUAGCUUAUCAUCAUCACCAUCACCACCACCAUCUCCAUCAAGGUUCUCAACAACAGCAAAGCCCCGUCAGUUCGUCACUCAGCUCUGCUCACAGUGUUGAAGACCUUCAGUCAGUUCCUCCUUUGACCCCUGGCAUGCCUUCUAGUAGACCACAGCGAGCACAUUCUUCAUCUAGUGAAGAUAGUACAUCACUGGUGUGUACUCCUCCACUUGAGCACAGAGCAUUUAAGUCAGGUGCCCCCCGCACCAAUCCAAGAUGUUUACCACCUGGCAGAAGCCAGACGCAAAUGGUUGCUAGCAGUGCUCCUGACCACCACCACUCUACCUCGGACCUCCUUGGAGGUGCUCAGUGUCGUCGAACAAAAGCAUCUCGUCGCCAGUCGGCAGAAGUUGGUAGUGGACGAAGACAGAGGUACCAGUAUGAUAGCGACUCCUCAAGUGAUGAACAACAGCCUCCUCCAUCCCGUGUGCGGCCUCCUCGAGUAAACCAUCGUGUAUCUGAAACAAAAACUCUUGAUGAGUAUGAGCAAGAAAUCUUAGCUUUGAGAACGGCUAUGGAAGAAAUGCAUCACAAAUUGGUCUCUGCUGACGAACAUGUGCCAGUUCGUCCUGGUGGUCCAGAACUGUCCCCUACUGAUGUUGCCCAGUCUAACAUACCCGAAGCCCUCCAUCAUCACCACUCCAGUAACCGCCUAAGCAGUAGUCCUCCAGUACAACCAGCUUCCCGUUUCCAACAUAGUCGGCACAACCACCAAGAUAAUCAGUACCAUCUACCUCAGCAUGCUAUGGAUACAGAGGUUCAAAGUGCACACAUGAGAGACCUGAUUCAAAAACUGCAAGAGCAAUUCAGAAAAGAACAGAUGAAGAUGUCAGAGCUCAUGACAGAGAAGGAUGCAGUAAUUCAAGCACAAGAAGACAGAAUUAAUGCGCUGGAUCGUACCAACACGCAGCUGCUUUUGGCUUUGGAGCAGAUCAGGGAGCUGUAAGUCGUCCCCCAUCGCAAGAGUUGUGAAGACUUCAUUACUCACCCGAAGCUGGGCCAACCUUGUGACAAAAAGCACGUCCCUCAGGAAACCAGCCAGCUGUCGGACACCAGUGACUACAAGAGCAGCUCCUGUUGAUUGCCUGACUACCAAAUAUUGUACCACAGUGUGGUUAAAAAUAAGCUUUAUUUAAGGACUUUAAUAAUUGUGAAUAACAAAUAUUUUUUCAUAUCAAAGACUUUUCUUUUUGAGCAUAUGCCAAUAUUUUCCACAGUAUUGUAUUUCAAAAAGUGGUUAAAAACUGGUAUGCUUGUUCUAUAAUACAUUUUAUAUAUCAGUGAUAAGCUGAUAUUUGAUGAUGAUAAAUAUUCAUGACGAAAGUCAAAUAUAUUAUCGUUUUCCCUUCUCUACCCAUAUCACAUGCUGCCUAAACCGUGAAUGCUGUGUGUAUCUCCUAGUUUCUGUUUUAUCCCAUCCCUGUGUAUCAUCUAGUUUCUUAGCUUAUAAUAGGAAUGAAAAAAAAAUUACAUAAAGUUGGAGAGAAGUGUUCGUAUAGUGAAGUCGUUUCUUUUGUCAAGAGAAGGUUCUGUCUUUGUUGCCCUGUUUAGGCUCUUUUUGGCUCCAUGUUUGAUAUUCAUAAAGGUUAAAUUCAAUUCCUGCAACAUAUAUAUAUA